AUGAAGAUCGAAUGGGACCAGGACUGGGAAUCGGCAAGACAUGGUAGGGGGUGUCUUUCUGGCUGGGGUCUGGCCUGGAAAGUUGUCUGUCUAGCUUCCACGCAGAAAGCUGAGCGACCGAGUGCUCUGGUCUGUCUGCACACCUGUUCCGCAAGGUUGCAGUUGUCGCAUUCUGCCAGGAGCAUCUUUGCGUUCAGAUGCACGAAUCUUGGUUCGUUCCAGGCUGGGGGUGGCGCGUUCACUGCCAGCGAGAUACUGUGGGACAUGGUCAGGAGCUGCCUGGACGACGGUCAAGGUUACAUUAUGUGUGUGGCCUGUUGGAAAGCAGGAAAGAAGAAGGCGGACCCAGCGUGCCUGCUGCAGGACUUGACCGGUUUCGAAAUCAUAAAGGCUACCCUCUCCCUCCGUCUGUCCUCCUGUCUCUCCUUUCCUCAGAAUGGCGACACUGACGACGCGCCUGAGCCUCUCUGCCCUAUCUAUCGGCGGGCCGUGAGAGAGAACGACACUCGGCAGAUCUACCUCGAGCCCGAUAGUCGGGCAUCUGCUAUACUUUUGGGCGAUGAUACGGCAACAGAGGCCCGAUUGGUGGAACUCGAGAUGGAUGAUGAAGCCGUCCAACAGUUGAUGAGAACAAGCCGAAGGGUUGAAGAGGAGGGUGAAGAAGUCACCGUACAUCACUUGGCCCCCGAUAUCAUUCCAGCUAUGAAACUGCUUCCCGAUAAGCGACUGGCAUUGAAUGCCGACCAACUGUGGUCUAAUUCUGUCCCUAUCCCGCUUGAUCGGACGUUCGAACGAACCCACCCCCACUGCCUAAAUCGAAACCAGAUCUGGCUUUUGGAUAUUCUGGGGCAGCCUUUAUGCGCAAACAGCUUAUGA